AUGGCAGAUACCGGGGGGGGGUUGAUGAGCGAAAUUGAUAAUUUAAUCAAUGACAUGGAAGAGGAGGAAGAAAAUUACGAUGAGCUGCAAUUCUGUGUAGCCCCAGUCAGAGUUCCAAGAAAUUUCAUAAAAGAUGCCAAGACAAAAAAUAACAAACUCUUUGAUUUUCACAAAGGUACAACCACAUUGGCCUUCAAAUUUAAGGAUGGAAUAAUAGUAGCAGUGGACUCAAGAGCUUCCAUGGGUUCUUUUAUAUCUUCACAAAACGUAGAGAAAAUUAUCGAAAUAAAUAAAAACAUUUUAGGGACAAUGGCAGGAGGAGCGGCAGACUGUUUGUAUUGGGAAAAAUAUUUAGGAAAAAUUAUAAAAAUUUAUGAAUUGAGAAAUAAUGAAAAAAUCUCUGUCAGAGCAGCCAGUACCAUUUUGAGUAAUAUUUUAUAUCAAUAUAAGGGAUAUGGAUUAUGCUGUGGAAUUAUUUUAAGUGGUUAUGAUCACACCGGUUUUAAUAUGUUUUACAUUGAUGAUGAGGGGAAGAAGGUGGAGGGCAAUUUAUUUAGUUGUGGAAGUGGUAGCACUUAUGCUUACUCCAUUUUGGACUCUGCGUAUGAUUAUAAUUUGAGUCUAGAACAGGCCGUAGAACUAGCCAGGAAUGCAAUUUACCAUGCCACCUUCAGGGAUGGCGGAUCUGGUGGUAAGGUUCGAGUUUUUUACAUACACAAGAAUGGCUACGACAAAAUUAUCGAGGGGGAGGAUGUGUACGAUUUACAUUAUCAUUACACGAACCCGGCGCAGAACGAUCAGUACGUUAUGUAG